UGGGGAAAAAUAAACCCUGAACUAAACAUGGCGGACGGAAAUAGGAAUAUAUCGUCGUACAGACAAAGAUCUUCGCAUGUGCGGUCUUCUUCAUGGUCUUAUACCACAGGAAAUCGGCAAAUCAACCUUUCUAAUCUUAAUCCUUUCACCUCUGUUAUUCGUGAGUUUGUCCCAAGCUUUGGUUCUCCGUCUCGAGUACCCAACUCUCGUUCAACGUCUACUUCUCCGCUUUCUCCAAUGUCACCCACAACAUACGUGGAUUUAUCGCAAGCUCUUGGCUUUGAAAGAGAMCAGGGAAUUAAUCGAUAUGGUGCUAGAAUAAGAAAUGAAUCUGGAAGACUUUCUAGUACGAAUACAAACUCGGGGAAUUCGUCAGACACAGAGGAAAAUGCUGAACAAGCAAGUAAUAUGGCUGGUCAAACAAAUAGCAAUUCCAGAUCGUCUGGUGAUCGUAUGGAAUUCCAAAGUACAAUAUCGUGGUUAGAAAGAAGUUUACCGUUUGUUUUGCUGCUUCUGAGCCGAAUCAUGUGGGAUCAUAGAUUAGGAAUUCUUGUGUUUAUUGGGUUAUGUGGAACCUAUCUUCAUGCUAAUAAUACUGUGAAAAGACAGGUUGCAUUGAAGGACAGAAGACUGAACAGAGUAUCGCUGUGGACUUUCCUCUUUUUAUCUGGAAAUGUUUUCUUUAUUUAUUAUGUCUUUGGUAGCCAACAUCUUGAAAAUUGUCUCAUCUUCAGAAGACCACAUUUUUACUCAAUGGAUGUGUGGACUGUCUUUUGGUGUACAGGCAUUACAGAUUUUGUCAUUCGCCUGAUAACAAUGGCCCUCAAAUCUGUUGUCAUUGUGAUGCACAAGAGGAUUAUUCCAUUUAGAAAAAGGGGAAAGUAUUACAUGUUACUGGAACACUUGUCCCAGCUAUAUCGAAUGUUAGUACCCAUGCCSCUAUGGUUUGCAUACUUCACAGACUACAACUAUGGGGGYGAAUACUUUGCCUUGGUUGCAACUUCUAUUUAUCUCAUAUUAAAGGGAAGAAUGGUUUUUGCAAAAGUCAAAGAAGUAUACAGUGGAUAUCAAACGUUUUGUCGAGAUGUGCAAUAUGGAACAGUACCAUCAAAACAAGAAAUAAAUGAAGUUGGAAACUCUUGUCCUAUAUGUCAAGAAGAUCUGACAGAUCCAAUCAUGCUUCGAACUUGUAAGCACAUCUUUUGUGAAGACUGCAUUUCUCUAUGGUUUGAUCGAGAGCAAACAUGCCCUAUGUGCCGAGCUAAAGUAGUGGAAGAUCCAACAUGGCGGGAUGGUUCGACUUCUGCUUAUGUGCAGAUCUUUUAAUGCUACUUCAAAAAAUAAGAGACAAUAUGGUAAUCCUAGAUCUAAAUAAUAAGAGAUAAUAUGCUGAUACUAGAACUAAAUGGCUAUUAAAUGGCUGAAAUAUAUGAAUUGUUAUGGAUGCAGUGGUCAAGGACAGUCAAGAAAGUGGACCAACCUAUUGGAGUUUCAAUUCAAUUUUCUGUUGAUGUUUGUUUCCGUUGUCACUUCUUUUUGCACUAGUUGCUAAGAACUAUGGAUUAUUAUAAUCAUAAGUACUUCAAAUAUCAUACCCAUAUGAGAUUACAUUGUAUACAAAACCUGAAUUCUUGGUAAUAUUCGUACACUUACCCUAGUGUCAUCUUACCCUAGAGUACAGAGACAGUGGGAGAGAAAAUGUAAUCACUUGAUCGGGACAACUGACCUUGACUUUUCAGCUGACAGAAGUACUGUCAGGUGCAAGGGUCAGAGUAUCCAACGUUUUUCAUUUUUGAAUUUGUAAGAAAGUCCACUAUUAAUAAUUUAUAUUUGAUGACGUUGUCAAAAUCACAAAAAAUAUAAAAAAUAAAUGGAGACAGAAGUAAACAAUGGAAUUAGCCCGAACCAAAGGGUUUCAAUGCAUGGGGUUUUUUGCACUGUCAAAAUCAUUUGAUUGUCGGGGGUGUAGACAGUACACAAGGGGUAAGGAUCGUUGACAAUUCAGGGCCGUCGAAAAACAACACAUCAUAGUCCAUCACGUGAUUUCUAAAACGUUUACGAAAAUACUGCUAUUUUAAAAACAUUGCAGCCUUCUUAGGCAUAUGAAGUAUUUAAGGAAAGCCAUUGAAUGCUGAUUUAAGCGAUAACAUGAACCAGCAAAUCAAAUGAAAAUGAUACAUUGUAUGUGGACUUUUUCAUUUUUUGCUGGCUCUGUUUGCUAAUUUUUAUUAUUCUUGCAAAAACUGGGCGGCAUGUGCCCCUUUGCCUCAGGGCACUACGGCCUCAGGGCACUACGGCCCUGUACUUAAAAUGAAGGUCUUCAGUGAUGGAUUGUUUAAUUUGUUUUAUUUAUGAAAUUAAUUUAUGUUCCUAAUAAGACACCCUUCCUUACAUCAGACAAUUCAAUACAUGUCCGUAAUAUUUAUGUGCUAAACUGUUAUAAUGGAUUGCGAUAAAAAAUAAUAAAUCAAAAAUCAAUCAAUCAAUAAUUAAAAAAAAAAUCAAUAAAUGAAUCAAUAGAAUUGAGUAGAAUUCAAGUCUAUUUUUUCUGCGUGAUUUGCAACAUUCAAUUAGUAGAAAGAAGACGCUGCUUAUGAAAGAAACGUUUUAUCGACACUUGGAUUGUAUCUCACCGUGACUAAUUAUGCGUGGGGUCCUGAGGGCACAUUUAAAGAAAAACAGACUAAAUCUCUGCCGUUGUGUGAUUUUAACAAUUGCGAUCAAUCCAUUAUGUCUCUCAUGAUGGAGACGGAUUUCAUGUUUUCUUUUCAAAUGUUGGACAAGUUAGACAAUCGUAACUUGUUUUCUCAGCCUGAAGCUCUGAAAGAAGAUUUGCAUUAAUUUCGCAUGGAAACAGAAUUUACAAAGCGACAGCUGGCGAAUAAGAAAAGAUUAAGAAAAAAGCCAAUUAGCACUAAGUCUUUUUACGAAGAAAAAGAUUCUAGUAUACAUAAAAAAAUCUAUUGUCGUCACCGAAACUACGUGUUUUAAAACAGUCCACAUUGAAAUUUUUCGUUAUCGUAUGUUUCAUUAUAUUUUGUUUGRCGACUCGAUUAAUAUUCACAUUUGAUUUACGAUUAAAUGGCUCCGAUGGGUAUUCUAAGCCGCUGUCCUAUUUGCGCAAGCCCCAGUAGAGUAAUUGAUAUAAAGAGAAAGAGACUAGGGAGACCUACUGAAGACGUGGACUUAAACAGAUGUCACCUCUUCAAAGCAGUGUCGUAGAAUCAAGGAAAACGUCAAAAGCUCUGUGGCAAAGGAGCCACAAGCACCUCCAAUUCACCUGAAAAACAUGAAUCCUAUCGUAACAGCAACAGCUGGAACUCUUCUGCGAAGUCCGCUUUCAAGUCCCAUUAUGGGAAAAAGAAACUCUUGGRCGGAUAUUAGUCAACUGGGGAAAACAACUUUGACAGUACCUUCAACCGUCAGUCACUCYAGUUGCGGCGAUCUUCGUCGAGGAAGCCAUGGCAAACGUGAAAUGUUUGCGUACUCCGAUCGUCUUAAAGAAGAUCAUMUGAAAAUGAAGAAGAAGAAGAAAUUGAAAACUGAAACAACAGGUCAAAAGAAAACAAAUCAAUUGGAAACAARCAAAGAGAAGGAAAAUAAAAAGAAAUUGAAGGAUGUUGCCCAAGAAGWAAAACAUCAWAAAUCGAAAAAGAAAAGUAAGGACAAGGAGAAAUGCRAUAUAAUGUAGAUUAAAAACUGCCGGUUAGAUGAAAACUGAGGCUCCAUAAUCGGUGAUUAUAACUAGAAUUUAUCUCGCAGCUCCUCUGGACAUCUGCUCUUUUUCAUCUCUCAUUUACGGUGGUUGAUGCAACGUUGAAUGGUUAUAUAGUCUAUUGCAAAUUAAUAUUUCGACCCAGGAUUGAAGUUUAGAGGAUAAGUCCACAAAAGCGCAAUCAACUCUUCAUGGACGCGARAGAAAAUCACUAUGGUAUUACAAAAUGAUUAUAUAUUAAACUCACACAAAAAAACACUCAUAUGUCAGCGAAGAACACUUAAAAAUACUAACCCAGCAGAUCAACCACAUACUCUAUUUAAACUAUGGCAAAGAAGGCAAUUAAUGUUAUCGAAUAUGAACGUAUAUACAAGCUGGUGAUUUUAACAGUAGAAUUUAUUCAGAAAAUAUUUCAUCCAAACGAUGGAACAGCGGAUGUAUGGUGUGUAUGCAAACAGCUGAACUAGACUGACGUUGCAUACUAAAUGGCUUCUGUGGCAGACGUGAACACGGAGGAUAAUGACAAGCUGCAUACAUAAUUAUGGUGCACGGCUAGCCAACAACAGCGGGGCUAGUAACAGGGUAUCGGGUGAUAAUGAGGAUUACUUUGUGCGUGUGGGCAUUCUCUGUCGGGAUUUAGAUCGGUCUUAGACUGAAUCCGGGAGAUGGGGAAAUGGGAAUCGAGUGCCUGAGGGUAACCGCUGGGAUAAGUUGUUUUUACUACUAGUUAGUAAGCUCUUAUUUUACUUUGUUCCAACCGCAGAGGCGGAUCUUGGCGGGUGGGGUCAUUGGUCACCACGUCAGACGGAAAUACACAGGAAGCCCAUGCUAAGAAUAAUGCUAUUUGUGGGGUAUGUGCUCUACAAUAACGGCCACUGAAUAUUUAUUUUUUUAUUAAGUUGCAAUUGUUAAAUGUGCUUUUAUUAAAAAUAAGUGAUUUCGAACUGCACUCUGCAAGAUCUGACACAGAACUGGAAAAUUAUAAAGCCUUACUGAAAAAAUACCUUGCAUUCUUUUACCUAACAUUUUCCUUUCAAACAAUAUCAAGUACCUGGGAUAGUGCCAUGCAAAUAAAUCUUGUUAUAUGUGAGAGCUUCUUUUACACAAAGAAAAUGGACAAACAGGAACACUAGGGAAUUCUAAAAUAUUAGUGUUGAUUAGACAAUACGACAGGAAAAAAGGAAUUUAGGUCAAUCUAUUUUACAAGCAAACGAUUUAUAUUGACAAUAACCCAUUCCAAGACAAAUAUUUUGUACAUG